CUGGAAGAUGCAAAAGAAAAGGAACAAACGUAACGACCCCAGUGAGAGCAAAGGCGAUGAACAGGACGAGUUCGGGAGCGGACUCGAUACGGACAGAGACAAAAACGAAGGAUCCAAUAAUAUAACGACCAACUCGGCGAAGGUUGACGAUCAAGACUUUCAUAAUUUUAUAAAUGAGGAAUACCUGGAUGGGUCAGAGUUAUCGUCCUUCAACUUUUCCAUUACGAAGCCAAUUAAUUUGGACUAUGCUAAUGAGGGGAAGAAGUAUGCCGUGCUGAAGGGGAUGUAUAGUGAGGGCGGGGAGGAUAGGGAGCGGGGUGCAGAGGAUAGGGAGCAAGGUGCAGAGGAUAGGGAACAAGGUGCAGAGGAUAGGGAACAAGGUGCGGGGGAUAGGGUGCGGAAUGUGAAGAAGAAGGUACCAAUAGAGGAUGGGGCCAAUCAGGCCAGGGAGUUAACCAAAGGGGCUACCCUAGUUGGUGGCAGCAAGGCGGGGGAGCGCAAUGGAGGAACAAGGGCAGUCCCUAAGGGAGGCGGAAAUGCAGACCGAGGAGCUCCCCCGCUGGGGCAGCAGAAGGACCCCCACGAGGACGGCCCAAACGACGCGAAUUCGGUUGGUAGCGACUCUGGGGAGAACCUCGCGUGUGUGCCGAGGAGUGAAACGGAGAGUGAAGUCACCCCGAGAAGAGAGCCCCCCGGAAGAGUUCACCCCGGAAGAGCUCACCCCGUAAAAGUUCACCCCGUAAGUAGCUCCUCCCCAGUAGGUGGCCCCCCCCCAGUAGGUGGCCCCCCCCCAGCAGGUGGCAUCCUCCCCGUUAGUACCUCCCAAUUGGGGUUCCCAAACGAGUACCUCAACAGUAGCAGCAUGGCGUCGAGCAUGGCAUAUCGAGAAAAUGAAACAUGCUCUAUCAAGUACCUAGUAGUGUGUAACUUCAAAAGUUACGAGGGAGAAAAUAUCAUCGGACCCUUCUCCAAAUCCACAGCCAUAAUAGGUCCAAACGGGUCAGGUAAAUCAAAUAUAAUGGAUUGUAUAUGCUUUGUUCUAGGAAUAAAUAAUAAAUGCUUGAGAGUAAAAAAUAUGAAACACUUAAUUCAUCAUAAGGAGAACGAAAAAGUGGAGAUAUUGAAGAGAAGGAAAUGCUAUGUGAAGCUUGUCCUGGAAAGUAACAAAGAGAGUGUAGAAAUAAAAAGGACUCUUAACUACAGAGGAGUGAGUAAUUACUACAUUAAUGAAAAGGUCGUCGAGCUUAAGGAGUAUAUUUCCUUUUUGAAAAAGAAUCGAAUAGAAACGAAAACGAAAACGUGUCUUAUUUUCCAGGGAGAUAUUGAAGACGUAAUAAACAAGAAACCAAACGAACUAGCCAAACUGUUCGAAUAUAUUAGCGGGUCCGAUGAAUACGAACAAGUGUAUGAAGACAUGAAGGAGAAGCUAAAGGAGAAACAAAUGUGUUGCAAGAGUUACCUUAAUGAAAAGAAAAAAAUCGAACAAGAAAUUAAAAUCCACAAAAUGCAAAUUAGUGAUAAUAUCGAACAGAACCAACUCAAAGAAGAACACGAACAGGAUGUACAGAUAUUCUACCUUUUCCGACUUUAUCACCUUCAUAGGAAAAAGGAAAAGCUAAAGGAAGACCUGCUCACUUACAAGGAGGAGAAAAUCGAAUUCGAGCAAGAAGUACUCUCCAAGGAUAAAGAGAUUGCUAGCCAUUUGGAGAAAAAAAAACUUUUAAAAAAAAAGUCUCCUAAAAAUAGAAGAAGAGAUUAGAUGAAUAUACAAACUCACUGCACCAAGUUUUCAGAAAAUCUACAUGAACAGGUGAAGGAACAGAGUAAGAAGUUACGAGUCGAGAUGUCAAACAAACUAGGGGUUAUCGUAAAAUUUAUGGAAAAAUAUCACCGUUUGAAGGGGUACAUUCAGGAUAGACACUCAACCAUGUUUGAUAAUGUGGUGAAGGCUGAGAGGAGGUUGCGGUUGAGCAUGAGCAAUGGUGCAGAUCAGGAUGGAACUACUUCCAACUUAAGAGAAACGGAGGAGGAAGUAUCCCUAUUUCAAAAGUGCAACCUGUUGGAAGUGAUAGAAAAUUUAAGUGAGUAUAAAAAAUGCAAAGAGAAAUACUUAUACCUCUGUGCAAACAGCCAUAUUAACAUAAAUAAUUUUAACUCUUUAGCGAAUGCAUUGAAGAAGGAUAUUAAAGAGUUACAAGAAGAAUGCGAUAAUCUGAGUAGGAAGAAGCAGAAGGAGGUACUUGACUACGAAGCGGAGAAGCUUACCAUGGAGGAACUCACAGGCAGAGUAAACACAUUGAGCAGUCUCAUCGAAGGAGACAAGGAAAAGGUAGAAAAUCUCAAGACAUACUUGAGAGAGAUACACCAAACCAUCUCACGAAAGGAGAAACGAAUAGAAGAGCUGGACAGCCAAGUGACUAUAUUGAAUGUCCACAAAAAUGAACUAUUACAAUUUGAAAAGAAAAAGGAAAUAAUCUCCAAUUUGAAGAAUCUCUUUGGAGAGGAUCAAAUAUAUGACGAGGUCAGCUCUCUUUACGAGGUCAACAAUCACGUUUACUUCACUGCUGUUAAUAAUGCCAUUCACAAGUAUAACAACUUCCUCGUUGUAAAGAAUGUAGAAAUCGCUACGAAAUGUAUUCGAUACCUCAAAGAUAAUAAGCUGCACAGGAUGGACUUCAUUCCGCUGCAGAAUUUUGUGAAGAAUGUGAAGCGCAGGAGGGGUCAGCGCGGAGCACACGAGGGGGCACCACACCAGGGGGGACCACACCAGGGGAGCGAGCAGUUUGCCUCCCCCGGACCGCUCGGAGGGAAGAACCCCUUGGAGGAAACGUGGCACGAGGAAGAUCAUCACAUGAUCGAAAAAGUAAUGAAUACAUUCAAAAAGAAAAAUAUCGUACUGGCGAAUAACUGUCUCGUAUGCGAUGAGCAAUUUAAAGUACUGUUUGACUAUCUCAUAGGGACGAACACCCUGAUCGUCGAACGGAUAAAAGACGCAGAGGAUGUGAGAAGCAAGUUCCCACAGCUGAAUGCAAAUAUGGUCACACUGAAUGGUCAUAUCGUAUCGAAGCAUAAUAAUUUAAUUGUAGAUAUAUCAUCUACACAUGGAGACAGAGAAAGAUAUAGCAACAAGAGACUCAACAUCAGUAUGUACAAUAAAAUUCUUAAUGAAAAGGAGGAAUGCCGAAGUGUCAUUACCGAUUGCAACAAGAAAAUUUUACAAACUAAUGAACAAAUUAAUAAAACAAAUUAUGAACUAGAAUUAAAUAAAAAAAAAAUAGCUAGCUUGUUAAUAAAAAAAGAAAUUUUCGAAAAGGAAGUAGAAGGAAAGCUAGCUACCAUACAGAAUUACCAAGAAAGGAUUAUGAAAAUAAAAAAUAUACAAAUGAAAAAAAAAAUAGACAGUCUAGAGAGUUACGAAUCGGAAUUAAUGAAAGAGAGAAAGGGAUUAGCUUCGUUUCAAAAGGACUCUUUUAAAAUACUGAAUGACAGGUUCCAAAUUGAUAAUAUUUAUGAAGCUAUUGAAAAGAGUUCAAAAGAAAUGGAGAAAAUAGAUGACCAUAUUGACCGCAUAAAGAAUAAUAUAAAAAAAUUAAACGAUGAUAUUAAUGAACUGACGGACAAACGAAACGAAAUUCAACUCUUUCAUAAGAAGGAGAAGGUAGCCAAUCAGGAAGAAAAUAUAAAAAUGGAUCUGUAUAAACUGAACGAGGAAGAAAAGGAACAAAUGGAUGCAAUGAACCAAACGGAAAAUGCAAUCCGGGAGCGAGAGAUCGAACGGGAUGCUCAUUUGAAGAACAUUUCCCAGAUUAACCAGGAGCUGAACGAUCUACGAGAUAGAAUAAAUAGCAACUUUGAAAAAUACGAAACGAUGCAGAGCAGGGUUGAAAAUUGCCGUAAGAAAAUUCUCAUUUACGUCACGCUGGUGAAGGACCUCAUAAGCGAGUGCGACAUGAAUGGCGUCAACGUGUUCUCGACGGUCCACGCGAUUGCCGAUCAGCGGGAGGGUGAGCGGCCCAGGCGCAAGGGACGCGUGAGCAGGCUUCUGCAGGGCAGCGACGAGGAGGAGAAUCAGAAUCAGAAGCAGAGGCAGAAGCAGAGGCAGAGGCAGAGGCAGACGGAGAAGCAGACGGGCGACGACUCGGACGGGGGAAGCGCCGGAAGCGGAAGCAGCACCCGAGAUGAAGCAAAUGGAGAACGAACAAGAAAUCAACACAGAGAGGGAGAAGCUUGA